AUUUCAGACCAGAUAGUUAUGAUUUAUUUACACAUAACUGUAACAACUUCAGUCAAGAGAUAGCUGUUUUUCUAACUGGAAAAUCUAUUCCACAAGAAAUUUUAGAACUACCAAAUGAAGUAUUAUCAACUCCUUUAGGAAGUACGUUAAAGGCUUAUUUGACUAAUCUCAACAUUCAACAAAAUCAUUCAUUGGAUUUUCCUGAAGAUACUAGACAUAUUGAAAAUUAUAGCCAAUUAGAAAACCAUCAGGAUGAUCUCUCUGCUUGCAUGAAAUCAGAAUUAAAUAUCACCACUGAUCUUAAUCCAGCAAAAAUAUUUGAUGAUGAUAAUAUGGCAGAAGUAGUAAAUAGUUUAAUUUCAAAAUUACCACCAAAUAAACUUGCAGAAAGUGAGCUGCUAAGGAAUUUGGCAAAUUAUUCAAAAGAAAACAGAGAUAUCUUUAAUUUAGAAUUAGUACAUUUACAAGUACUUGGGAAUUUAUUAGACAGAGAAGAUACGUCAGAAAUCCAAAAAUUGAUUCUACAAAUGUUGCAAUCUUUAGCAUUAUCUAAUAAAUUUGUAUUAUUGUUAAGUGAAGAUAAAAACAACUUUAUCAUGAAAUAUAUUUUUCAUAUGAGUGAACUGCCAGCUGAUUUACAAUUAGAACUUUUAAAAUUCUUAUGCAAUUUAUCCACAAUUGAGGAAAGUUUUAAGUGGUCUAUGUCUGAAAGGAAGUGGUCCUAUUGUGACAGAAAUCUAACUAAUUGUAAAGUAACAACUAAUGCUGUUGUGGAUAGUUUAUUGAGUGAAUCUUCAGAAUUGCAAAAUAUGGGAUCAGACUUUUUAUAUAAUCUUUCAUUAAAUAAGAAACUUGGUAAUAAUACAAUCACUGAAUUAGCUACUGCAGUUUUGCAACUUUUACAAGCAGAUUUAUCUGAAGAAACAGCAUAUAAUUGUUUGGCAGCAUUCUCCAAUUUUUUAAAUUCUCCUGUGUUCAUUGAUGUAAGUAAUUAUCUUUUAAAAUUUUAA